AUGAGUGCAGUGGUGUACAUACGCACCAGGAACAUCAACGAGCCAGCUUCAACAGUGAUGGUCUGCGCGAAGACAAAGGUAGCACCGAUCAAGCGCAUGACUAUUCCAAGAUUAGAGCUUACAGCAGCUCUCUUGUUAACACAACUAGUAGCCUCAACACAGAGGAUGCUUCAGCUCGACCAUGCAGAAACUCAUCUUUGGUCGGAUUCAGCAGUAACACUCGCUUGGAUCAGAAGCCACGCAUCAAGGUGGAAAGAUUUCGUCCACAACCGAGUGGUCAAGAUCCAGGAAACUCUCCCGAAUGCCAUCUGGAGACACGUCAGUGGGAAAGAAAAUCCAGCCGACUGCGCAUCCAGAGGCAUAUCUCCAAGUCAGCUAGCAGAUCAUCAACUUUGGUGGUCAGGACCUGAGUGGAUUAAUCAGGAUCCUGAAGAGUGGCCACAAUCAACAAUUGACGCUCCAGCAAUGGACAUCCCAGAAGUGGCCAAGGAAGCGAAACCAGCACGAGCACAUCCAGUUGCACCAAAAGUCAACGAACUUGCUGAGCUACUCACCAGGUACAGCUCGAUGGCUCGGCUUCUAGCAGUAACAGCGACUAUCAACAGGGCAAUCGACAGAUUCAGGAGACUGCCGACGCCCCCGGGACCAAUCCUGUCAACAAGAGAACUCAACGAAGCGAGAUUAUUCUGGGUAAAAAUAACACAAAAUCAGUACUUUGUUUCAGCCCUUCGUGUGCUUCAGAGAAAUCAACAGCUACCACGAGGUCACCAAUUAGCAAAGCUCACACCAACCCUAGACGAGUUGAACAUCAUGAGACUUGGGGGACGCCUGAAGAACUCAGACCUACACCCUGAAGAGACACACCCAAUAAUCUUGCCACGUCAGUCGAGAUUCACCACACUGGUGAUCGAAGAAGCUCAUCGCAGAACCCUCCACGGAGGGACUCAACUCACGCUGGCCUACACCAGACAAAGGUACUGGAUAAUCGGUGGCAGGGGCACAGUCAGAGCGUACAUUCUGCGCUGUGCUAUCUGCACCAGACACCGAGGGAAGCAGGCUCAACAACAGAUGGGUCAGCUGCCUGCAACCAGAGUAUCACCAUCCAGAGCAUUUCUCCACACAGGGGUGGAUUAUGCAGGUCCAUUCCAGAUCCUGAAGUGGAGACCAACGAAUGCACAAGCAGGACAGGUGCACACUGCAGUUUUUGUGUGCUUCACAACUUCAGCAGUUCACCUAGAACUCGUCAACAGGCAGACCACGGAAGCCUUCCUAGGAGCCUACAAGAGAUUCACCGGAAGACGGGGCAUUCCAGCUGUCAUGUACAGUGACAAUGCCACCACGUUCACCAGCGCAGCAGAAGUUCUAGAAAGGCUCUAUCACCAAGCUUCCAGAGAAAAUCAACGAAUUCAGGCUGCUCUCGCCACCAAUGAGACACAAUGGAGCUUCUCACCACCUAGAGCCCCUCAUUUCGGUGGCAAAUGGGAAGCAGCCGUGAAAUCAACAAAAUAUCACCUCAAAAGAGUCCUGGGAAAGACAACACUAACGUUUGAGGAACUCAACACCAUAGUGAUCCAGAUAGAGGCCUGUCUAAACUCCAGGCCAAUCUGUCCGAUGUCGGACGACCCAGAAGAUCUCCAAGUGCUCACAUCAGGACAUUUUUUGAUAGGUGAGCCUCUCCAAGUUACCCCAGAGUCUUCAUACGUCAACGAGAACCCCAGCAAAUUUCGACGAUGGAACCUGGUGACGCAGAUAGUUCACCAGUUCUGGUCCAGGUGGUCCAAAGAGUGUCUUCAACGGUACCAGUCAAUAUACAAGUGGAAGAUACGUCAACACAACAUAGAGGUUGGCAAUAUGGUGCUGAUGAUGGAAGACAGCUUUCCACCAACGCAGUGGCCAAUUGCCAGAGUCAUAGCAACGAAACCAGGAGCAGAUGGGCUUACAAGGGUAGCCAAAGUGAGAAUCACCAAGGUAGAAGUCGGCACGCAUCCAGACGGGUCACCAAACCUCCAGAACAUCAAAACGACCCACUCGGAGUUUGAUCGACCAAUCGCCAAGCUCUGUCUGUUGCCAACAGACCCACCACCACCAGAACAGCCUCCAGAAGAAGAUCAACUAGAGGACGAAGAAGACCAACAGAACGACAACCAGUAA